GAGAGUCGCGGUUCGAGACCCCGCUGAAGCGUUAUGGCCGGGCCAGAGCUGGGGCUCCGCUUCCAGCGCUGCUUCCUGUCGGCCCGGCAGCUCCGCUCCUUCCCGUGGCCGGAGCUUGAGCACAGCCUCCGGACCUCGAUGGACUCCUCUCUGCUCCUGGAUAUUCUGCACAGGACCAUUCUCCACCCUUUGUGUGUGAAAUAUCCCCUUUCAGCCCGGUACAGAAGAUGCUUUCUAACUGAACUCAUCAAAAAGCAUGAAUCCAUCACAGCUGAGCCCCUAGAUGAACUGUACGAACCACUGGCAGCUAUUUUAAAUGAAGAAGAAUCUACUCACUGUUACAAACACUACUUACUGCCUACAGGAGAGUGUGUCACCCUUUCUGAGAGUGUGGCAGUGAUCUCUGAAGGAACCACGGGGCUCGUCACGUGGGAGGCUGCUCUGCAUCUUGCCGAGUGGGCACUGCAGAACCCUUCCGGCUUCAGGAACAGGACAGUCUUGGAAUUAGGAAGUGGGAUCGGCUUCACUGGAAUUGCCAUCUGUAAAACCUGCAAUCCCAAGACAUACAUAUUUAGUGACUACCACCACCGCGUUCUCCAGCAGCUGAAGCAAAACAUCUGUUUGAAUGGCUUUGUCCUGGAGCCUGAAGCUGCCCAACAUAUCCAGCUGGAAUCUGGAGGCCAGAAGGCAGAAGGAGCAAAUCACCGAAACCCGAAAGUAGUUGUUGCAGAACUUGAGUGGGGCUUAGUUACAGAAAAACAACUGUUGGCUCUUCAACCUGAUGUCAUCAUUGCAGCAGAUGUGGUGUAUGAUCCAGAGAUCAUUGGAGCCCUUGUUGGUCUGCUACAGCAAUUCUCCACUUCCAGAGCAGACAGAAAACCUCCUGAGGUCUACAUUGCUUCCACAGUCCGGAAUCCAGACACCUAUCACCUCUUCCAAGCUCAACUCGAUAAAGCUGGGAUUGGGUGGCAAAUUAUUCCAGCCCACAGCAACCAUGUUUUCCUCUGUGAUGUGCAGCCAAAUGUAACUAUUCUCCAGCUAUUUAUAUAGACUUGGCAAAUAGAAUUCCAGUUUUCAGAGCAACGGGAGAUAUUCCAUCCUGGCAACAAGGUGAUCUUAAGUCCUAGACACCAUCAGGAGAGGCACUGAGGAUACAACUCCACGCACGGGCUGUUGUCAAAGUGAAUUACCAGCAAGUGAAUUACUGCUGCCCCUGAAAGGUACCUGGGAACCUUAAGCAAUAGGAAAACCAGUCCUGAUCAUAUUGUGCUCUGCUUCUGUAGAAGACAACAGAAAUGAACUGGAUUUCUUUGUCUGACCAUGUUUUGCUUUCUAACGGAGUCAGGUCUGCAGGACCACAGGAUGAGUAUCUCACACUGACAAGGGAAAAAAGCAGUGUUUCACUGGAAUAAAUACAUUUUUAAUAGUAAAACCA